AUCAUUCCUCAGACAUUAUCCCCCACAUGGAACCAGACGCUGCUCUUCAAUGAGAUUGUUCUUCAUGGUGACAGAGAAGAGAUCGCUCAGUUCCCACCGGAGAUCGUCAUCGAGCUGUACGAUGAUGAUGCAGUGGGUAAGGCAGAAUAUAUUGGGUCUACCGUGGCUGCCCCUGUGGUGAGACUUGCUCAUCAAAACUAUGAAAUACCUAAACUUUCUUACCACCCAGUGCACUGUGGAAAUCUCUCAGGAGGAGACCUUCUUGCUACGUUUGAGCUUCUGGAGAUUCCUGAUUCAGAUCCAGACAGACUUCCCCCACUGGAUCCACCAGAUGCUGGCCAGAUUUACCCAGUCCCAGCCAACAUACGACCUGUUUUAAGCAAAUACAGAGUGGAGGUCUUGUUCUGGGGUGUUAGAGAGCUGAAGAAAGUCCAGCUCCUCUCUGUAGAUCGCCCCCAGGUUCUCAUCGAAUGUGCUGGGAGAGGAGCGAAAUCCACUGUCAUACAGAGCUACAAGAAAAAUCCCAAUUUCACUGGCCUUGCAGGCUGGUUUGAAGUGGAGCUGCCUGAAAAUGAACUCUUGCAUCCACCACUAAGCAUCUGUGUGGUCGACUGGAGAGCGUUUGGGAGGAGUACCCUUGUUGGAACACAUACCAUCAAUUGUCUUAAGCAAUUCCUAUGUAAAAUCCCAUUGGGUCCUCAAGCUGCACAAAACAGACUAGACAUUGCAGAAACCGAGAAUGCUUCACCUGAGUCAUCCCAGCCUGCUGAGUUAUCCCGAGAAGAACCAUUUUUAACUGAUCACAUCUAUGCUGAGGUGAAGCAGGGUAAAUAUACUGUGGUAGAGCCAGACCCAUUUCUUGCAACACUUCCUGCCACUGAACCAAUGCACUCUGAUCCAAGGAAAGAGAGAAAAGGGAAGGAUAUGAAAAAAUCUAUUGGACGUUCAACAAAGAGGAGAAAAAGAACAAUUGCAGAUGAAUCAGCUGAAAAUGUUAUUGACUGGUGGUCAAAAUACUAUGCUUCUGUGCUCAAAAUGCAAAAGGCAAAAGGAAUUUUUUCCAGUGAAGGAAAACCUGAAGACAACAAGCAGACUUCUGACCACGUAGCACUGAUCAUAGAAGAGGAGCCAGACAAAAAGAAUAAGAGUAAGACAUUGCAAAGGAGACAGAAGGAAAUUCCAAAUCUAGCAACACUACAGAUUUAUGAAGGAGAUUUGGAGAGCGAAUUUAAUAACUUUGAGGACUGGGUGAAAACUUUUCAGCUCUUAAGAGGAAAAUCUAAUGACGAAGUUCAUGUUGAUGCUGAAGACAGAAUAAUAGGAAAAUUUAAGGGCUCCUUCUGCAUAUACCCAAGUCCUGAGGAUGGCAGCUUGCUGGAUGCAGGGCAGCCCCGAAUCCUGCAAGGGAUACCACCAAACCACUCCGUCCAAGUCCUCAUCAGGGUUUAUAUUGUGGCAGCAUUUAACCUCAGCCCAGCUGAUCCAGAUGGCAAGUCAGAUCCCUACAUUGUGCUGAGACUUGGCAACACAGAAAUUAAAGACAGGGAGAACUAUAUCCCCAAGCAGCUAAACCCUGUAUUUGGAAGAUCAUUUGAGAUCCAAGCCACAUUUCCCAAGGAUUCCUUGCUCAAGGUUUUGAUCUAUGACCAUGACUUUGUGGGGACAGAUGAUCUCAUUGGGGAGACUAAAAUUGAUUUGGAAAAUCGUUUCUAUAGCAGACAUCGAGCUACCUGUGGGUUACAGAGUCAGUAUGAAAUAGAAGGGUACAAUGCAUGGCGAGAUGCAACCAAGCCAAGCGAGAUCCUCACUAAGCUGUGUAAGGACUACAGAAUAAGUGGACCCUUCAUGCGACCAGGGGAGAUACAAGUAGGAACAAAAGUCUUUAAGGGACAGACAAUCUUCACAGAAGAUGAGAAUGAGGAGCCAGUUGAAUCGUAUGAACAUCUCUCCUUAAAGGUUUUACGUGCUUGGGAAGAGAUCCCUGGAGCCGGAUACAAACUGGUCCCAGAGCACAUUGAGACUCGACCUCUCUACCAUAAGGAUAAGCCAGGCAUGGAACAGGGUCGUGUACAGAUGUGGAUUGACAUGUUUCCUAGAGAUAUGCCUCUGCCAGGACCCCCAGUGGACAUUUCACCAAGAAAACCCAAAGGCUAUGAACUGAGGGUAAUAAUCUGGAAUACAGAGGAUGUAAUUCUAGAAGAUGAAAAUAUCUUUAUGGGGCAAAAAUCAAGUGAUAUCUAUGUAAAAGGGUGGAUAAAGGGCCUGGAAGAGGACAAACAGGAGACAGACGUACAUUACAAUUCCUUGACAGGAGAGGGCAACUUCAACUGGCGCUUUGUGUUCCCAUUCCACUAUCUCCCAGCAGAGAAACGGAUGGUGGUUAGUAAAAGAGAAAACAUAUUUUCCUUGGAAAAGGCAGAACGCAAAAUACCUGCAGAGCUGGUCCUUCAGGUGUGGGAUUUUGAAAGACUUUCUUCAGAUGAUUUCUUGGGCACUCUUGAAUUGAACCUGAAUGGGUUCCCUCGAGCAGCAAAGACAGCCAAGAGCUGUGAAGUAGACAUGGUUGUGGCAGCAAGUGAAGAAAACAAGAUCUCCAUAUUUCAGCAGAAGCGUGUCAGAGGCUGGUGGCCUUUCAUCAAGGCUGGGGAGCUCACGGGCAAGGUGGAAGCUGAGUUUCACUUAGUCACAGCAGAAGAAGCUGAGAAGAAUCCAGUAGGCAAAGCUCGAAAAGAGCCUGAACCCUUGGAAAAACCCAACCGACCAGGCACAUCCUUCUCUUGGUUUGUAAAUCCUUUCAAGUGUUUGUAUCACCUGAUCUGGAGAAAUUACAAGAAGUACAUCAUCAUUGGCAUAAUUCUGCUUGUUCUCAUUGUCUUCCUGGUGCUCUUCAUCUACACAAUGCCCGGUGCAAUCAGUGAAAAGUUAAUUAUAGGAAGUGGAUAGGUUAUGGCUCUCAUUGUAAUCAAUCAUAUACAAAAACUUC